AUGAGAAACUUUUUUACCCUUUUAUUCGCACUGAUGUAUACAGUCUAUGCACAACUUCCCUACGAAGUCCUGAAUAUAUACAAGCCUUUAAAUUCCCAUUCUGUCAAUGCAUUUCCUGGGGAUAAAAAUAAUGAAGAAUACGAAGUGAAGGAUAUCAAGAAUGGGGAGGAAAAGGAACAUUCUGAAAAUUCCUUGAAGAGGCUAGCUGAGAGAUACCACAAAGACAUAGAGGAGGGUGACCAGAAUAUUUUAGAAGAGCUUGAUCAGCUUAAUGACAUUAUAGGAGACAGAACAUUACGUUUUAACAUAUUUUAA